UCCUUGUAAAGUGUAAUACACAGACACUCUGGCCAAUAAAAUUUCCCUCUUCCAAUAAAGCUGUAUGUCUCUCCCCAAGACUGGGCAAACCUCAUUCUGAAGCGAGGUGGCAGAGAAGGUGAUUGGCUAUGGCUACCCAUCUCAGGGUUUCAAGAAACUGCCAUUUUUGGUGCCUUCUCCUCAUAAUACAGACCACCUCAAUCUUCUGCUACCAAUACAAGGUUGGAGAUUUGGAUUCUUGGAACAUCCCCUCCUCAGCAAACCCAAAAGUCUAUGCCAAAUGGGCUAAAGAUCAUGUUUUCAAGAUUGGAGAUUCACUCUUGUUCUUGUACCCACCAAGCCAAGAUUCAGUAAUACAAGUCACUGCUCAAUCCUACAGGGCCUGCAACCUCAAUGAUCCAAUCUUGUCCAUGGACAAUGGCAACUCCUUGUUCAAUAUAACAGCACCUGGGGACUUGUUCUUCACCAGUGGUGAAAAGGGUCACUGUGAAAAAUCACAGAAACUCCAUAUUUUUGUGCCUGGAGGAAACCUUACAUCUUCAACCUAUGAUGAUAAUGCAGCUCCACCACCAAUUACAGCAGCUUAUGCUCCAUCUUCUGCUGCAGCUGCUGGACCUUCUGCCUCGAAUGCUUUCGGCUCGAGCCCACUUCACGCUUCCUCGUCUCCAUCGUUGAAGAGUCCAUUCGUUUCGCUGGUCGUCUCAAUUGGCCUGGUUUUACCCCUGCUGUUAGCCAGAAACAUAUGAAAAAAAGGCCAGAGAUAUAUGGUCUGAUACAGGAUGGUCUUUUGUUUUUUACUUUAGUUCCUCCAUUCUUGAUGGAUUUACUGUGUUGUGACAUUUUGGUUACUGCAAUUAUGAAACCAUUACAUUCUUUCAAGAGAACAAAGAUUUGGUUGUACUAUUAUUGUUAUGAAAGUGUCAUAUUUUUGUCCCAAAAA